AUGUCGGGGUCAUUCUGGAAGUUUGGUCAAAACUAUGCGAGCGAAUCGCCCCUAUCGAAGCUGCUAAACAGAGCGUUCGUAAAGGUUAGUAAGAAUGACAUCUCUGAAGAAUUUGAUAAUCGAUCUCAAGAAAAGAUUGACAAGCUGUUGGAGUCACCUAGCAGUCAUAGCUCCGAGGACGACGAUUCAAAUGAGGAUAGUGGUGAUCGCUUACAGCGUGGUCAGGGAAAGCAGGAUGAUGGUGCGGACGGUUCAGGGGAUGAAGAAGAACAUGAAAAUGAAGAUGACGGUAGUGAUGGCCGAGAAAACGAGCUACAAGAAUCAGAAAACGAGCUCCCGGGCUCUGAAUCUGAUUACAAAGACUAUGAACCAAAUAUGGAUAUUUUGGAUGAGCUUUUAGAUGAAGAAGAGCUGUACACCGAACUAAUGUGCUCUAACUUCAAGCUCUUGAUAUUUUUCAAAUACCCACAGGUUUUGGCCCGGCUUGUGGACUACGUCACCAACGAGCAUGUGCUUAACGAAAAUGCGGACGAGCAGGCUGGAGCACGUCCUGAAGAUGAACAAAAGGAGCCGGACUUGAAGUUGGGCACAUCAGAAGCUGAUGAAGGCAAUCUGGAUGUUGCUCAAGAAGACAAGGGUCAUACAGAAACGUUAGAAAAGGGCGAAAGUCCGAGUAGCGACAAGGAUACUUACUCUGACCAAUUAUCUGUAUCGUCUGCUGAGACCAGUGUAACUCUUCCCGCAGAAUCUGAAGAGCAAUCAGAGACUAGGCGUGCUCGCAUGGCAGCUGAAAUCUUGUCAGCUGAUGUUUGGCCGAUUUCGUCUGCCUUCAUGGAUCAUGAAGAACUUCUGCAUCGAUUGUGGGCGAUGCUGGAUCACCCUGCACCUCUAUCAAUCGUCCCUUCUACAUAUUUCAUGAAGAUCAAUGAAAGGUUGCUUGACAUGGACGUCUCAGGGAUGCUGCAUUUUAUCCUGAGCAAACAAGAUUUAGUUGAUAAGUUUCUGACGCAUAUUGACAAUCCUCCAUUAAUGGACUUUCUGUUGAAGGUAAUUUCCACCGAUAAGCCGGAUACAUCGACGGGAGUUAUCGAGUUUUUGGGGGAUCAGGGUUUAAUAUCAAAGCUUUUAGAUCGUUUAGGAACUGGGCAAAGUUCUUCUACCAAAUCCGCCGCAGGGGAUUUCCUGAAGGCUCUAAUAACCAUAAGCGCAAAUUCUAACAAUGAAAUUGCGUCUGCCAUUGGCCCUAAUGGUCUGACCAGAACACUAGUGUCUCCACCAAUGGUGGAAAAAUUAAUGAACAUAAUGCUUACGGGGGGCACUUCCCUCAGUAAUGGUGUUGGUAUUAUUAUUGAACUAAUAAGAAAGAAUAAUUCAGAUUACGACUUCGUGCAGGUAAUGUACACUACACUGGAAACACAUCCGCCUAAUGAUAGAGAUCCCAUUUACUUAGGCUACUUGAUUCAAUGUGCUGCCAAGCACUUUAAAGAAUUCAAUAAGUUGUUGUUGGAAGCAGAAUUACCUCCUCUGGAAACUCCUUUUGGCUUCAUCGAACCCUUGGGAUUUGAACGGUUCAAAAUAUGCGAGCUCGUCGCCGAAUUAUUGCACUGCUCCAAUAUGACGCUUCUUAACGAACCUACUGGCGAACAAAUCGUUCUCGAAAGGGACGCUGUUAGAGAACAUCACCUCCAAGUAGAAGGCAAGGGAACACUUCACAGUAGACCUAAUGUAGAGGAAGGUAGUACUGAAGGUGAAGAUGUCCUUGAUAAAAUGGCAGGGUUGAAGAUUGCAACUUCGAACACCUGCAAUAGUAGUGACGAUGAGGAAAAGGAAAAGAGCUCGAAGGAAGAGGACAGUAAUGCCGAUACUUUCGACUCAGAUGACUCUGGAGACGCCGAACUGUCGGAGAAAGCAUUACGCGAGAAUCCUGUCGUGGGGGAUCAUCUCAAAAUUGCACUUCAGGAUAAUGAUGUGAUAAAAGCGAUCCUGGAGAUGUUUUUUGCGUUUCCCUGGAAUAACUUCUUACACAACGUUGUGUUUGAUAUCGUUCAACAAAUUUUCAAUGGUCCUUUGAAAAGUGGCUUUAACAGGUUCUUGAUAGCCGACUUAUUUGCAGGUGCGAAGCUAACGCAUCUGAUUAUGGAAGGUGACAAAAAAUGUGAAGACUACGAGAACGAAACGGGACUGAGACUGGGAUACAUGGGCCACUUGACUUUAAUUGCGGAAGAGGUUGCAAAGUUUGCUGCUUACAUUGAGGAAAUGAAGAUAAGUUUCAGCACUGCAGCCGUAGCUGAUAGUUUAAAUGAGCCACGCUGGAAGCAAUACACAGAAACAGUGUUGGCUGAUACGCGUGAAAAUUACAGCUCCAUUCUCGGUGAUUUCGAGGAAGGGGAUGACGACAACGAGGAUGGGGAAGCGGAAAAUGACGAUAUGACAAUUCAAAACUCAGAAGCUGGGUCCGAAGUCGACGCAGAUUACCGCAGCUAUGAACAUGAUGAGGACGAAGAUGAUUAUGCGGAGUACAAUAGUGUCGACAGUCCGAGGUAUUACCAAUAUGAUGAUGGACACGGAAAUAAAACGAGCAUUCAUCUGGACCCCGAGGUUGAUUACGACAUUGGCCCCGGCUCUUUUGCCGAAGAAAAUCCUGGCGAUUAUCAUGACGGGGACGAGGAAAUUGACCAAAAUGGAAAAGUCGAUAAUGCUGCAACUUCGAAACAGCGAAAAAACAAGUUCAGCAAGUACAUGUCGCAUCAACUAACAAGGGACUAUAAUGCUUCUACGUCAUCAGAUGAGGAAGAAGACAAUUCAUGGAGGUACUCAUCCUCAGCGAAUGAAGGAGUGCAGAAGAAUCAAGGACUUUCUGAGCUUGAGGAACAUGACGACUUCAACACCCCGCCAUUCGGCUUAGAGGAGGACGAAGAUGACUAUAUGGACCCAAACGAUGACGGCCUUUCAUAUGCAAAGCCCCAUCAUCCGCUGUAUGAUCGUAUGUUGUCAGGCAAAAAUUCUGGCAGUCAUUUGUAUUCCAACCAGGACAUUGACACCCUUGAAGAAAACGAAGAAGACAGUGACGACAGCGAUAAAGACAAUGGAGAUGACGAUGACGGCCAAUACUCUUUGUGCCGAACCUCAAGUAAGGACAACAUGGCUUGGGACACUUCAGAACAAAACCGAAUUAUCAGCACUACUCAGUAUAGACAAAAUCAGCAGGGUUUGGAGAGGUAG